AUGGAAGACAUAAUCAUCAAAGAUGUCGAUCUGGAAAGAUCAGAAAACCUGCAGAGACACAAGACCGACGGCUUCAGCAGCUCCAAGUCCCUGGUGGUGCGGAGAGGAGCCACCUUCAGGAUCAGUCUGCAGCUGGGGGGCCGACCCUUCAACCACACGACCGACUCUCUCAGGGUCAAAGUCAUGCUGGGCCGCCUGUAUGUGAUCAUGCCGGUCACUUUCUGCAAUAAGGUGUCCUCAACCAAGUGGAAAGCUUAUAUGGACCAGGACAACCUGGACCCUCAGAAUGUCUCCAUCUACAUCUCCUCUCCUUCCACGGCCCCAGUUGGUCUCUACGGAUUCCAGCUGAGUCUGUUCUCUCAGGGCAGCAAGCGGGCGCGCACCUACGGCAAAUUCAUCCUGGUCUGCAAUCCCUGGUGCCCUGAAGACUCGGUGUACAUUCCCUUUGAGGACCAGAAAGAGGAAUAUGUCCAGAACGACUCUGGGUUGCUGUUCAUGGGGACGACUAUGAACCUUGUGUCGAUGCCGUGGUCAUUUGAUCAGUACGAGCCUGGGGUUCUGGAGGCGUGUCUGAAUCUGCUGCAGGUCAGUCCCCAGCACCAGCACAACAGGAGAGGAGACUACUUGAAGAGGAACAACCCCGUGUACAUCAGCCGGGUGGUGUCUGCCAUGAUCAACUGUGAAGACGACCGCGGCGUCCUGAAAGGGAACUGGUCCGGGGACUUCAAGGACGGACUGAACCCGUCCGUGUGGACUGGGAGCGGUGACAUCCUGAGGCAGUGGGCCCAGUCCAGCUACAGCCCAGUCAAGUACGGGCAGUGCUGGGUGUUUGCAGCCGUCAUGUGCACAGUCAUGAGAGUUCUUGGCAUUCCUUGUCGUGUGGUGACGAACUUCAACUCCGCUCACGACACCAACGGCAACCUGACGAUCGAGGAGUACUACAGCGAGAAGGGGGAGAAGCUGAAACACAGCAAUGACAGCAUAUGGAACUUCCACGUCUGGGUGGAGUGCUGGAUGACUCGUCCGGACAUUGGAGUUGAUAUGGACGGUUGGCAGGUUCUGGACCCGACUCCUCAGAACAGGAGUGGAGGAGUGUUCUGCUGCGGUCCAUCUCCAGUCAAAGCGAUCAAGGACCGGCGCACGGACCUGCUCUACGACGUCCCCUUCGUCUGCGCCGAGGUCAACGCCGACGUGCACACCAUCAUCGUGAGCCAGGGCCGGGUGGUGGGCCUCAACAAAGACACAGAGAAAGUGGGAUCCCUCACCUGCACCAAAGCUGUUGGGUUCCCCAGAAUGCAGAGAAUCACAGGAGACUACAAAUUCAUCAAAAGUCCGACUUCCACAAUCUCAUCCAGAAGCUCCGGGACAUCAGACGACUCAACAUUGAGGAGAGACUCGUCCAGAGGAGUGUUCGUCUCCCUGAACCUGGACAAGGCUCCGGUGGCCGGCGAGCCGAUCAGCUUCACCGUGAAAGUCAUGAACAAACAACGCGUUGCCAAGACCAUGACAAUGCAUCUCAACGCUCAGGCCAAGGAAUACAACCACAGCCCCUCGGACACAUUCUGGCAAAUGCAGGGCCUCAUACAGCUGGCACCCAUGGAAGUCAAGACUCUGACGCAUCAGAUCCUCCCGGCCCAGUAUGAGGACGUGGUGGGGGACAACCUCAUCAACCUGGCAGUGGUCCUGGAGGACAGGGCCAGUGACAAGCGGGUUCUGGCCACAGAGGAGUUCAACAUCUCCAGCCCACAGCUCAACAUACAGAUCUCAGAUGAAGACUCCAUUGUGCCGAACAAGGAGCACACGGCUGUGGUGACCUUCACUAACCCGUUUUCUCACAUGGUGAGCGGAGUGCUCACCAUCGCCGGGGCCGGGCUCGUCCAGGGCAAGAUUAACUUCAGGAUGCUGCCGCUGCAUCCAGGAGGGAAAGUAGAGCAACGCAUCACUUUCACCCCCAGCAUGGUGGGAAUGAGGAUGCUGCAGGCGAACCUGUCGCUGAUCAACAUCAACUCCACUAUCAGGGGCUUCAAGAUGGUCUCUGUCAACAGAGCUUAG